CACCGGUGGAACGAGCGCCGUCUUUCUCCACCCAGCAAAAAGCCCGCCGCCCGAUCAACAUCCUCGAUUCCUCCUCCUCCUCCUCUUCUAGUUCUCACCCAUUGAACGUUCACCACCCUCCUGACUCCUCAGUCAGUCGGCACAAUAACAGCUAUCAGCCAUGGAUUUGAAUCGUUGCUGCUCAGUCAUAGAUUAGGCUGGCCACCGGCAACUUCAGUCGAUCGACCCGUCUCCACAAUACAACAAUAACACUGCUAGCAUUUAGCAUCCCUCAUUCCUCAUUCCUCACCACCCGUAUCUGGACUGCCCGUGGUGAAUUGUGCACGUGCAUGCAUGCAUGCAUGCGUCUGGUGUCAUCCUCCUUGAUUGAGUUGUACUUGUUAUUGGCGUUUGGUCGUGUCAGUCGUGUUUCAAGUCAACCAACCCCCGCCUCCCCCUUGGGCACAACCGACUGGAAUGCGCCUGCCAGUAGAACCCAUUUGUUCCCUUUUGGUGUGACUCACCCUGAAGAGAGGCUCCACAUUCCGUUCGACGAGGCCACUGAAAAAGACACCCGCUAGACACUCCUCAUUUGAGUGAAUAUGGAUUCCAUGACAAUGAGUUUACCGCCGGAAGUGGUGCGAGACCAAUUAGCAGUUCCUCAGGCUCCAGCUGAGGCCGUGGAAGAGGUGGAUCCCGAGCACCAGCUGAGCCCGAAAUCAGAAGCUAUCCCCGUGCCUCCCGCUCGGAAGAACUCCCAGGGCCACUCCCACAUCCCCAAACCCGAAAUUAGUCCUAAACCUAAUUUUUUGAAAGGGGUGGGUAUGACGCAGAGUCUUCUGCGAACCACGGGCGUCAAGCCUCCGUCACCGCAGGAAUCGAGCAAGAAUAUCACGGCCAAAGUGAAUGGCACGGCCAAUAUGUUGAAAUCCACUCUGCGCCGUAUGACUCGAUUAUCUGUCAGUUCCAAGCCCGCCGAUCGAAGUCCCGAGGAAGCUACUGCGGGUUCGUUGAGCCGCAGUCGUUCUUUCCGGGAACCUGCUCCACCGCCGCCGUUGGGCGGGUCUCUUCGACCCCGAAAUAGUGCCAUGUCGAGUUCCUUGCGUCGACCGAAGAAUAAAGAUCGAGAUGACGCGGCGAGCGCGCAACGCCCCCAUCUGCAACGGUCUGGAACCGGCGGUACAUUAGAUGGCCGCCGUUCCACCGUUAACCGAUCCCACUCAGUCACCGGACGAAGACUCCGCGACCGCGAUCUGAACGUGCGGAAAUCUCGCGGCAUUCAGACCCAACUCACUCGCGACUCCUUCCGCGAUGAAGAAGACGCGAGUUCGACCUUGGAUCACACGGAUGCCUCCACAUCUCCCUUGACCACUCUCGAGUUUGGCCUGUAUCUUCCGGAUAUUCUGGGAGCCGAUGUCGAUCCCGUUGAGACUCAUGUGAUUGAACCCACUGAACCGGCAGAUGUUCGGAAGACUCGACAGUUGACACUUGAAAACAUGAAACUUCAUCGGGAAGUGGAACGCCUCAAAGUUCAAGCCAAUGAGAGUGACGCCCUAAAGAAAGAAUUGCGAGCGGUCAAACUCAAACUCGAGGAGGAACAACGGUCCAGAAUUAAGAUUGAGCAGCAAUUAGACAAGCACAAUGAGAAGGUCAAACUCAUCGUCCAAUCCAUGGACACUGUGGAGCGUGAAUUCGAGACUCGCGAUGAGAACAUUGCCCAUUUGGAGACGAAACUACGCGAGUCCCAAGAAGUGAUUGCCAAUUAUCAACAUGAUCUCGAACAAUCCACCGAAGUGGUUUUGACUCUGAAACGAGACCUGAGCAAAGGCCUCAUAACCCAAAAGACUCUCCUUCAGCAAUAUCAAGAGGCUGAGGCCGAGUCCAACGAGCUUCAGGAAUUCCUCUCGGCAGAAAAGAUGACUUUGGCCGAGACCUUGAAAGAUUGUGAGAACGAAAUCUCCGAGCUUAACCAACGUCUUCAAGACAAAGACGUGGACAUUGCCAAUGUCGAAGAGCGAUGCUCUCAUCUGGUCCGUUUGAGCGAACAAAGACAGCAGGAAAUCCUCUCCUUGCAAGCCCAAUUAAAUGGCGUGCAAGAGCGGGCCAAAGACAUGCUCCUCUCCCAAGGGGCCGAGAUCUCGAGGGCUCAUGUCCACAUUGCCGAACUCCAUUCCCGAUUAGAGAGACUAGUCAACGGAGGGUCGGUCGAAAACCUGUCCGAGCAUAUCAACGGUAAAUCCACGACCUCCCUAGAGGACUCGUCAUGCAAAUCCGAGGACGAUAUCUUGACCUCACAGGAAAUGUUAGGCCACUCGAAAGUGCCCAGGAGUCAGUCCCAGUUCUUGAUCAGUGUCUCCAAUGGUAACUCGUUGAGUCGUCCGGAUCUGCCCAUUAGUGAAUCGUUGGCUAAUCUCUCCCAAGCGAUCACGGCGCGACAGCUCUCCGAAAAUGGAUUCGAUAGUGUGGAAUCGAAUCAUAGCUCCUUGCCGGCUCUGUCCGAUCGGAUUAGUGAUGUGCAGAAUCUCAUUGAAAAAUUUGUCAAAGUCCAGGGUUCAAGAUCCAAACUUACGUCCACGGAACACUCAGUUCUCCAACAACAAGAGGAGAAUCUGAAGAAUGAUCUGAUCAGCUCGACCACAUCGAUCCACAGCAAUGGUCACCAUGAUCCCGUCUCAUCCUCCCCGACCUCGAACAAUGCCACGAAUCUCCUCCACAAGCCCUUGACUCAGCUCCAAGGUCCUCCGCCCAGUUUGGGCGUGAGUAACCAGGAGAACAACGGCCAUCAUGACAUCCUCGGCUGCAAGGAGAUCGAUGAACUCAAGUCGAGAUACAUGAAGCACAAGAAAAUACUCAUGUCCAACUACGAGCAAGCCGAGAGUGAGAUCAAGAGGCUCGACGAAAUCUACCAUGACACGGUCGAACAAAUGCUUCAGGCCCUAGAGACCAUUCCCGAGGUUGUGUCGGUGAAUCCGGCUUUGCAGCAACUGAAGAGUAAGCUCCAGAUGGAUCAUGCCGAGGGUAAAGGCCACCAGAUUGAGAUCUCAACCGUGCUCAAACAGGAUAAAUUGAAUGCUAAUCAGAGCUUGUAACAAGCUCUCUUCACAGACAGAUUUUAUGUUUCGUACUCUCACGCCAUUUCGCUUCUAUUCAUGGAAUUAAACAUACCAAAUUUUGUCGUGUGA